AUGUCCAAUAUCGAUGCCAUUAUUUCUGAGUUAGAGUCUACUGGAUUUACUUGGACUAGUGACUCGAUUAAAGGUUUAUUGUACCAACUACGUAUGCCUGCUGAAAUGACAAAGGAAAUCAACAAAGAUUUAGAUAACAGAUAUGAUGACAAGAAACCUAAUUUCAAACUUGAUGAUGUAAAAAAUGCAAUUCAAAUUCACUUAGCCAGAGAAAAAACCGCUUCAGAAACUAUAUCGAUCAACAGUUUAUCUUCAUCAAUCGAAGCUUUUUCCUUUAAAACCCCUCAACGUAUGCAAUCUCAAAAUCGGCAAAACACGCCCAAUAGAUUUACAACGCCACUAAACAACAAUCACAGAUCAACUCAAUUCCAAUAUGCUUAUCGAAAUACUCCAAUGAAUGCCGAUCUCAAAGCUCGCUGGAGACGUGGACCUGAAACUAUUACCCAUAAGAACGACGCGAGACUAGCAAGUGAGGACAAACCAUUGUCGAUUCCCUCUUCGGCUCACCCAAACAUCAAAGCAGCAUAG